AUGGUGAAGAACAAAAGACAAAAGGCAACAACUGACUCAAAAGAUUCCUCAAUAGCUUUGUUUAAUGCAGAAGCAUUUUGGAGCAGGGAGAAGAGAACAAUGGCUGCAACACUCUCCAACUUUUUCUUACCCGAAAAAGCUUCAGAAUAUAUUUAUUUGCCCCAGUCCUUGUUUGACUAG